UUGGACGUAUCGCAGGCUCGUCUUCAGUUGGCUAAACAAACCGAACAUAUAUGGCCGAGAAAUUAAAUUUCAAGUUUCGAAGAAAAGAAGUGCCAAAGGAACCAAAAACGAAAUGGCCAGAGCUCAUUGGAAAGGAUGCCGAAGAAGCUGUCACAGUUAUUGACAGAGAACAUCCUGGGCUUAAAAUUCAAAUCAUUCCAGACAAGAGCUUCAUAAGCAAAAUCCAAGAACCCAAUUGUGUCCGCCUUUUUGUAGAUGCAAGACAAAGAGUUACAGUAUUACCAAAGACUGGUUAAAAACAUAUUUGUUGACUCCUGAACCAUAUAGCAAAUCCCUACAUCUUGCUACAGUGAAAACAUUACCAGUGAACAGGAUGCAAAUGGGGGGAGGGGAGGGAAAGGGGCAGCUAAGACUCUGUUUUUGUCUGUUAUUCCAUGAUAUGAACAUGUUUACAAGUAAUAAGUAUACCUUGAUCUUUACUUAGUUUUGCCUAUUGAAUACUACCUGAUACCUGAGAAUGCUUUCUCUGAAGUUGCUUUUGAUAUGAAUGAAUUAUAUAGACUAAGAACUUGAUAACUUAAAUAAAGGAGGGAAUCAGGUGAUAUACGUACAGUACAGACAUUGUUAAUAAGUAAUUUUUUGUUGGCCUUUGGUAUGCUUAUUUUUUAAACAUCAACUUAUCUCUUGACAUGUACAUUUACAUUUCUAAAGAAUUCAAAUUUCAGUUAUGCAAAAUGCACCUUCUUGGACAUCCUCAGUAACCCAGAGAUAAGAUCCUGUUGCUCGUUUCUUGCUACCAGAGAGUAGCGAGAACAAGUAAAUUUUACCCCUGGGUUACCCAGGAUGCUCUUGGUAUUUAUAAAGUAUAGAAGAGAAGUGACUGGACAACAGAACAUUACCAUGGAUUGCAAUAUGGAUUGUCCUCUAUUAAAAUGCUUCAAGAAAAGUUUAUUUCAAA